AGAGUUAACAAUCCAGAGGGUUGGUCCUUCCUCGUUCUUCUUACAAAGUGAAACAUGAGCUGUUGUUUGGCUAUUCAGGUCCUACUGUACUAAUGGCAGGACGUCUAGCUCUGCGUUCAGCUGAGGCACCAGCUUUUCGUGUGUUCCUGAGGUCCACCACAACAAGUCUGGACUUAAAGAGAAAUGCAGGAGAAAAUGCAACAUCUUCUCUCCCUCCUGGGAGCAUCAGGACUGAGGCUGACCUCCCUGUGGUCUCUCUUCCCAAAGUACUGUACAGGCUGAUUUUUCAAGGGUAUUACAAUCGCAUGCAUGAGCUGCAGUUAUAUGAGAAGCAGCUUUAUGGCCCCAUUUAUAAAAUAAGAGGUGGGGACAAGCAUACAAUUACACUGAAUAGUGUGGAGCUGCUGGAGGAGCUGAUGAGGAAAGAUGAUAAAUUCCCUACCAGAGGAGACAUGGAACUCUGGACUGAAUACAGAGAUAGGAAUGAUUUGGGUUAUGGACCUCUUACUAAGGAAGGAGAGAAAUGGUACAAACUCCGAUCUGUUCUGAACAAGCGUAUGCUGCAUCCAAAAGACUCUGUAAAGUAUGACAAUGUGGUUAAUGAGGUGGUCACAGAUUUUAUCAAACGGAUAUGCCAUCUACGCAAGACGAGCUCCACUGGAGACCUGGUACCCAACAUAUCCAAUGAGCUGUACCGUUUCAGUCUAGAAGGGAUUUCCCGCAUAUUGUUUGAGACUCGUAUUGGCUGUCUUGAAAAUGAGAUUCCAGCAGAGACUCAAAACUUCAUCAACUCCAUUGCCCAGAUGUUCACUUAUACUAUGGCUGUGAGUCUGUUACCCAAGUGGACUCGAAAUUAUUUGCCAUUCUGGCAGCGUUACACACUUGGUUGGGACGGAAUCUUCAGAUUUGCCGGCAAGUUAAUUGACAGGAAGAUGGAGGACAUUCAGCAGCGCCUGGAUGCAGAUCAGGAAGUUGCAGGAGAAUAUCUCAGCUACUUGCUUUCUAAUACCAACAUGAGUAAGAAGGAUGUAUAUGGCAGCGUUACUGAGCUACUUCUGGCAGGAGUUGACACAACUUCCAACACCAUGAUGUGGGCCUUGUACUUACUGUCACAAGAUCCAAAGGCACAGGAUGCACUGUAUCAGGAAGUUAACAGUGUCAUCAAGGGGGACAAAAUUCCAACAGCUGAGGAUAUAAACAAAAUGCCCUACCUCAAGGCUGUCAUCAAAGAGACUCUAAGAAUGUACCCAGUGGUUCCCAUGAAUGCACGCCUUCUAUCAGAAAAAGACGUGAUUAUCGGAGGACACUUCUUCCCGAAGAAGACCACAUUUAUAAUGCAUCAUUAUGCAAUUGGACAUGAUGAGACGAUAUUUCCUGAACCAAGAGUCUUCAAGCCUGAGCGUUGGUUAAGGGACGGGAGGGAGCGUCCCAGCCCAUUCGGAUCCAUUCCAUUUGGGUUUGGAGUGAGAGGGUGUGUUGGCAAACGUAUCGCUGAACUGGAGAUGCACUUGGCUAUGGCAAGGGUAAUAAAGCUGUUUGAAAUCAAGCUGGAUCCCAAUGUGGGAGACGUCAAAGCACUCAGUCGCAUUGUGCUUGUGGCAGACAAAAUAGUCAAUUUUAAUUUUCUGGAGCGGAAAGAAGUAACCAGUUAAAGCUGCUCUAACAUCCUUACACCCUUUAUAAAAACUAUUUCUAAAGACCCUUUCUCCAAAGAGGUACAUGUGGACAGUGCCAUGGUAUCUCACUGUAGCACCAUGAUCCUGCUAUAUUGUUAAACUAGGCUGCACAGAGACUGUUCUAUCACCUGUAAGGAAUUCAGUCCAAGUCAUUCUAACAAUUUUAUGUAAACUCUAUGAAUUUUAGUUAUUUCUAUUUGUAUGUAAAGACAAUUUAAUUCAAUAAGUAUUUUUCAAAGAAAGCAGCUUUUUCACGUUUUCAGUGUGGAUAGAAAAGACACUAGAUUAUAAAAUAAUAAAUGUAUCAUUGUUAAAAUAUUAUAUAAAAUAUUAUACAAUAUUGUAUUUAAUAUUGAUAUUUUUUAAGACAAUGUACUAUAAACAGUCAUGAACAUAGUGUGAACAGUUUGUUGUGUCUGAGCAUAACAUUAGUUGCCCGUAUACAUUAAUAUAAUAUUACAUACGGUCAAGUCAAUAAGGUUUUAUUGUCAAUUUAAACAAAUAUAGCUGAUGCAGUACAUAACACAAAGCUAAGGACCUAAGUUAGUUAGUCCUAGCCACAUAAAGUGUGUAAAAAAUUACAGAUAAAUGCAAGAUGCACAUCGAAAAGAGCUCAUUCCUAAAAAGGCUUACGUAUCAUAAGGUAAUACGUUUAGAACUCUAAAUGAAUAAACUUGUUUAAAUCGUUAGUAUGGGAGUGGCAGCAGGGCAUCAAGGAUCGCCACUAACAAAGGGUCUACGUGACUGUGAUUACCAUUUAAAGUGACCAUUUGUUUGAUAACAAUUGAAACAAUACCAAGCCAAUGUACAUGUGACCAUGAUAAACAUUUAAAGACAUCAAGCUAGACACCAAGGUGUAUCCCAGCCAUUUGGGAGACACUCAGUUCUUAUGCUCAAUACACAUUCAAAGCGGAACCUCAUUUAAGCUACAAAAAGGGAAAACAGUAUAAAAUGAUUAUGAUUUGUCCUGGGUUCUUACUGACUCCGAUGAACCCAAAAGGCUUCAUAUAUUUUGUCACUGCUACGUUGGAAUAAACUUCUUGUUCUUCA